GCAUGCCUGCAUCGGUUGCCGUCCUUGGCUGGCCCGACGGCGAGAGAUAAAUAGAUCCUCCGUGCCUGCUGCCCCUGGCCACUCCUCAUUUACUACUACGUACUUCUCUCCUUUCGUCUCCGCCCUCUUACUGCCCUCUCCUCCUGGUUCUUGUUCUCCUGCUCCCCUAUCUCCCCUCUGCAAGAGUGGUUAAUUUUCCGAUUUUCUCUCAUCCUAAGUUCUCUCCGCUUGGUCGGAGGAGCGGUCAACCGGCAUGUUGGAUCCGUUUCCACCCCCGCCAGCAUGGCUGCGGGAUUUCGUCGAGCCUUGGGCGCUUUAUUACAACGUUCCGGCUCUGACGGAGCAUGCUCACGAAGUCGUUAUUGCUUUUGCCGGCUACCUCUUUAUCCACUUUAUAUUGUCCCCCGUUCUGUCUCCGGUGUUGUUUCCCCGUCACUACCCGAAACUCAAUCCCCGGACCAAGCUCAACUGGGAUGUUCAUGUCGUCUCGCUGGUGCAGAGCACCUUUAUUAAUGGCAUGGCCCUUUGGGUCAUGUUUGUCGAUGAAGACCGGGCGUCUAUGAACACUCCUGAACGUGUCUAUGGAUACACUGGAGCCUGUGGACUGGUGUCCGCCUUCGCUGCCGGAUACUUUGUCUACGAUCUGAUCGUGAGCACGAUCUACGUUAAGCUCUUUGGGAUCGGAAUGCUUUUCCAUGGCAUUAGCGCCCUGUGGGUGUUUAGUUUCGGAUUUAGACCAUUCGUGAACUUCUACUCCCCUGUCUUCAUCCUAUAUGAGCUCUCCAGCCCCUUCCUCAAUAUCCACUGGUUCCUCGACAAGGUCAACAUGACCGGCAGCAACCUGCAGUGGUACAAUGGCAUGAUGCUUCUCUUCACCUUCUUCAGCUGCCGUCUCCUUUGGGGCACCUACCAGUCCGUCGCCGUCUAUCGGGACAUGUGGUACGCCUUGAAACAGACUUGGGAUGCCACUGCAGCUGCUACUCCCCUCGAGCCCGUCGAUAUCACCUCUCAAGUCUUCCAAGUCCGCGGAGGCAGCGGCAGUGAAAUGGCCAAGUACGCCUCCUUUACCGCCGGCGGCGUCCCCACCUGGCUGGUUCUGACUUACGUGAUCUCAAACGUGGUCCUCAACUUCUUGAACUACUUCUGGUUCUCGAAGAUGGUCGAGACCGUCUUGAAGCGGUUCCGCGGGCCCGCUGAGAAGUCCGGACCGGCCGGUAAGCCCUCCAAGGAGGAGCAAAUCAGCAACCUGAAGGAGGAAAUCACGCAGAAGGUCGUCCUGGAAGCGGCCUCCAAGCUGGAACAGGAGGAGGGUAGUCCUUUCCUCGAUGGAGUUACUGACGAGAAAGUCGCUUCGGCUGUCGACUCGGGGCUCGAGGAAUUGAGGAAGAGGAAGGUCCAGUUGUCAUCCUAAUUUGCUUUUGUUACGUGCUCCAAUAAAGCAGCAGCAACAGCAGUAACAAACCACCAAAGAGGAACAACACCCUCAUCAUACCAUCAGUCCUACUAUGGACAGCCUUGUGGCUCGCGAGGACAUGUCUCACAGCUUGUUGACUUGGAUAUCUACCCCUACCACAGCCGACCAGAUAGGUCAGCAAGACCGGCUUCCAAGCAUCAGAGGAUAUAUUAUCAUAUAACGCGAUGUUAUGUUACGGGAAAGAUAGUUGAUUCGGAAUCCAUGCAUUCAUGUCUUUCGACAAGGAGUUGAUCUGGUUAGGAGAAUGGGUUUGCUCAUUUUAAUCUGUUUUUGUUUUGUUUUCUUGUGCAGUCGCUAUCUUGCUUAGAUCUCAGUACAGUACAGUAUCAGAAAUAUAAAUGAAACGAGUAACGGCAUAUAA